AUGACAUCAUUGCCUCCACCUCCGCUGCCUCCACUGACACCACCCCCCACAGCUCCAGCCACACCAGAGAGCAAGACAGAGAAUGAGCAAGGGACAGGAGAGGUAUCUCCAAGUAGUGGUGACAGUAUGAAGCGCAAGUCGCAUGCGAGUAUGCUGCUAGAGACAAUGGAGGAGGGAGAAGUCGAGACCAGGAUUGAUGGCAAUGGUGAGGGGGCCACACUUCUAAAGACAUCGAUGAGUGAAAAAGAGACGGUAAUCGGCGGUUCACCCACUCCAGCAAAAAGACCAAAUCAGGACAGACAUCAAGCCGGGAACACACGGAGGAAGAGUGUUGGAGAAAAGGAGUCUGCCGUAUGGAGCGUAAAGGAAGAAGUGGUGAAACCGCAACGACAGAGAAAACCAUGGCCAAUACUAGUAAGAGUGGAUGACGUGGUGCAGGACCCGAUCCAAAAGGCCUACAUGUUUGAGGUGUCAAAGGCGUGUGGUCUGAUUGAGUUCCGGCAGUUUCGUCUCGACUGGCUCAACUAUCAACGAUGCCAGAUCGACGUCGUCGCCUUCUGUAAGAAAACCAAACUCCUCUUCCGUGGAAAAAAGAAACACCUGCGAGAGGGUGCAAAGCUUCUCGUGGACAGAGAAGACCAGCAAACUUUUCAAGAAGUGUUGGAUGGAAAGUAUGUCGAACCAGAGGCUCCUGCACAUCCAAUGGAAGGAGGUCGCCGGAUGUCUUCUGUUGCUGUGCCGCCAUCUUCACAACUGCCACCUGCUAGUGGUGGUGGGGGUGGACGAAAGCUGAGCAUUUCGGGAGGACAAGGAAGAAGUGGUGGUUUGGGGAGUGAGGGAGGAGGGAGCAAAGGUGGCGGAGGUCGAAGAGGGUCAGUGAAAGGGGGCGACAUUAGCAAUCGGCUGAAGAUGUUCGAGAAACCGCCAAAGCUGACAGCGGGGAUGCCGGACCUACCCGCACAAGGGAGGUCGAUGGUGGCAGCAGUGUUAGAGGAGGGGAAUGUAAAAAAACUUGCUGGUUUCCUAACUGGGAAGACAACUGGGGAAGAAGGGAGGGCUGAAGAGAGCGAACGCCCAAAACGUGGGGGGCUGCUCAGCAAGAUAGCUGCAUUCGAAGGAGGGCAAGGGAUCAUAGAAGAAAGAGAAGAUGGUGAUGAAGAAAAAGCAUCCCCACCACCCACUCCUGGAAAGAAAGGUAGGGACAAGGCCAGUGCAAGAGAGAAGUCGCCUCAGCAAGGCAGACAUCAUGAAAAACGUGAGAAGGACGAGAGGAGAAGCGAUUCUGAAGAAAGGGGCAGAGGCAGAAAGGCCAAAGACAGCGGAAGUAAGAGAAGUGAAGGCAGGAGAAAUGACCCAGAAGAAAGACAGGCUAGAAGAAAAGCCAAAGACGGUAAAAAAAGGAGAAAAGAUUCAGAAGAGGAGAGGAGAGACAAAAGGAAAGAGAAACACACAGAGAGAGAGGAAGACAGACCAGAGAAGCAUCGCUCGAGGAAAAAGAGUAGUGUUGAUGAGUCUGACACAGAACACAGGCGUGGACGGAGGGACAAGCAUCGUAGAGAUACAAGUUCGGAUUCAGAUGAGGACAGUCCUUCCCGUCACCACAGACAUCGAUCACGACGUGAGCUCCACAAGAAGGAGAAGGAACGGAAACGCAAGGACAAUGAAAUGAAUGAUUUGCAAGGCAUCUUGGAUGCCGGCGAGAGACUCUUCAAGGAGGAGACGGUAGCGGAUGCCCUCUCCCAGUUUCUGAGUGAGCAGACUACACAAGAACAGCUUCUGAGUCCAACAGCUCAGUCAAUGCAAGCAGUAGCUCAACCUGCAUUGACUGGGCAAGAUACUUCGUUCCAUCCACAAGCUGUUCCACAGUCCCAGCCUACGCUCGUGCAGACUCCAGUGCAAGGUCAACAGCAGUACCAAGCUCAGGAGGCCCUCGUGUACCACCAGCAGCAGUACCAGCAGCCCCAACUGCAAGGUCAACAUGGCCUAAUGCAUCUGCACUACCAGCCUCAACAUCAGGCUCAGGAGGCCCUCGCCCAGCUACAGUACCAGCAGACUCAGCCGCAAGAGCAGGUUGUUCAGCUUGUCCAGGACGCUGCGGGGAAUGUGUAUGCACUUACUGCAGAGCAACAGCCACAACUGCAGGUGGCCGAGUCGCAACCGCAGCAGCAGCAGUUUGUGAUGGUGUCCACCACAUCAACAGCUGCCGGGGACGUUCAAGUUUCCCAGCCAAUUCAGCAGGUCGUACCUGUUUCUUCCAUCUCACAGGGAACUGUCCCUCUAACCAGAGCUUCACAGGCUCCCCCUGCUCACAUAGUCACAUCUUCACAAGCUCACACCAUCACUACUUCACCAGUGACACCCAUCACAGCUGUACCCUCCCAGACACCUACUAAUGGUACUGUCGUAGUACUUCCCGACCAGCGACCAUCCAAUCCUACAACUGGACGGCCUGAAUUGGUAUCAGGAAUAGACGAAGUUGAUUCCAAGGAGCCAACUGUCACCCAUCUGGACAGUGAAGAUGAAGAGAAUGGUGAAACUGAAGAUCAGCCACCUGUUACCAGCACACCAGAUGAUACAGUUCCAUCUUCCCCAACCACAAGUCCACUGUCGCCUCCACCAGCUACCACUAGUGAUCCUCCGCCACCCCCACCUCCUCCCCCACCAACUGAUGCGACUAACAAUGGUAGUCCAGCACCCCCACUCCCUCCUCCACCAACUUUUGGUCCACCACCCCCUCCCCCUCUUCUGCCAACCAGCAGUUUUGCCCCACCUCCACCAGGUACCAAUGUCCCACCACCCCCACCCCCACCUGCUCCAAACAGUGAUGUCCAUUCCCAAAGAGACACCAUACUGGACCAAAUCCGCAAGGGAAAGCAGCUAAGAAAAGUGGAGACUGCUCCUAAUGCCCAAACUAACGGAACUGAGGCGACUGAUGAUGGCCCAGGUGCUGUCACUGACAACUUGCUAGCUGAGCUCAAGGCUGGAAAGAAACUUAGAAAAGUGUCAAGCAAUGAGGUAAACGCCCAUGCCAGACAAGCGAAAAGCAAGAAAGUGAUCACUGUUGAAAUGGUGGUGAAGGACAAGCUGGAAAAGAUGAAGGUCCAAGAACAAAAGCUCAGAGCUAGAGAGGAAGAAAAGACGAGAGAAGAAAAAAGACGGGAGAGAGAAGAGGAGGGAGAGGAUGAGGGGUACUCUGACGACAGCUCUGGAGGUCACAGACCUAGAGAAAGACAUCGAUCGAGGGAUCACGAAAGACGGCGGUCAAAGGAUCGAGACAGAAGAGGGAAGAGGAGAGAGCAUCGGGACCAGAGGCACAGGAGACACGAGAGGGACAGGGGAGAAGAGAGGGGAGGGCAUCACAGAAGGGAAAGGGGAAGAGAACACGACUCAGAUGAAAGAGACAAACACUACGAGAAGAAAAAGCACAGGCACCGCAGACAUUCAGAUGAAUCUCUCUCGUCUCGCUCGCCCAGCCCCCAACCAAAACGGAAAAUGUCGUCCGAUGAAGUGAGGAAAGAUGUGAAAACCAGUUCCAUACCGGCUUGGAAACAGGCCAUUCUGGAUCGCAAGCAAGAGAAAACUACCAAGCCAGCCAAGCGUAAAGAAGAGCCUGCAACUCUACCAGCAAGAGAGGAAAAGAUGAUCCCGAAAGUUGAAAAAUACCAAGGAGUCCUUCCAGACGUAGACCCAGACGAAACGGAAGUUCCUCUGUGGAAGAAGGCACUGAUGAAGAAGAGGACGAACAAGAUGGAGGAGGAGAUGGAGCAAGAGAGACAGAGGCAGGAAGAAGAGGAAGAGAUAUACCAGAGCAUGCCCGGGUGGAAGAAAAACAUUAUGAAGAAGCGACGACAGGAGCAGGCAGCAUCCGACACCAUCAAGCAGCAGCAGCAGGAAGACUGGGACGCCAAGCAAGCCGAAAUCGCCGCCAUGCCGGCCUGGAAGAGAAAGCUCUUCCUCGAGCGCAACCCACAGUACAAGACUGACUAGUUUAUGACCACAAAACCUUUUGUACAGCACAUUUUCAGUUGUAGGGUAGUUUCUGUACAAUAUCAUUAUGUACACGGUCAGUAUUUAAGUAUUUGCUCUAGACAUUGCUCAGGGUCACCUUUGGGUUGUGAGGAUCGUGGCCCUCAACGCACAGUUUGAGAGAGAAAUUGACAGUUGAAUAGCCCUGAGUUGUGGUACUGAGAGACACCACGUCCACCUCUGGCAGGCAAAACUGAGCGAGAGUUUCACGGCGGAUGCCUCCACUUGCCUCGAUAGUUAGGUGAGGGAAAUCACGUUUGAGGCUCUUUGCCGCCACAGCCAGAGCAGCGGGCUCGAAAUUGUCCAGCAUCACGAUCUCUGCACCUGCUUCGGCAGCCUCCUUGGCCUCUGCAAUGGAGCGACACUCGACUUCGAUCUUGAUACUGAACCCGGCAACCUUUCUGGCUUUGCCGACUGCGAGACACACGCUGCCUGCAGACCAGAUGUGGUUGUCUUUGAGCAUUACCAUCUGGGAUAGAUCGUGGCGAUGAGUCGAAACCCCACCCACCAUCAGGGAGUAUUUCUCCACGAGUCUAAAUCCAGGAGUGGUCUUGCGUGUCCCAGCCACCUCACCCAGCCAACCAAUUCUCUCAACCUCCUUCGCCAAGUCCCGAGCGUGGGUGGCUAUCCCACUUGCCCGCGUUAGAAGGUUGAGAGCAGUGCGCUCGCCUUGAAGGAGUUUGUUUACGGGUCCAGAUACCCUUGCCGCCUCGCAUACAGGCUGGAGCACGCUGCCUUCAGUGUGGAGCCACUCCACACCGCAACCCAGCUCCUCAAAGACGGCCGUAAAGAACGGGACCCCGCAGAGUACGCCUGGAGAUUUGCAGAGUAGCACGGCUUCUCUGCGGCCGUUUCCCACCACGAACCCCCCGUAGUCGAAGCUGGGAAUGUCCUCUUGGAGCCACGAGCGGACCUGCUGUCGGUAGUGAGGGGGGAGGAGGUGGGAGAAAUCCUGACAGCCGUGGUCUGGUGAUGUCAGCUUUGCCUUCUUUGCACUAGGUCCUUCCUCCAUGGAUAUGAAAAACAACGCACCAACUGUCUACUGAGCCCUGCCUGCAGGGGGGGGCGGGGG